AUGGUCCACCUUUCUCCACCCAACCCGGAGUGGCCAGCGUGCACCCUUUCCUACCGUCAUUUCCAUCUACUCUGGACCCUCCCUCUCUGCUUAGUCCUCUACCUCAUCGCUCGACCCUUCCUCACCAAGCUCGACCGCGCCAAACUCAUCCUCCUUCCCAUCAUCGCCUUUGUCUGGACCACACCAUGGGACAACCUCAUCGUUUACAACCGUGCUUGGUACUACCAUCGCCAUUGCAUCUGGUUCACCAUCGGCUACGUUCCGAUUGAAGAGUACUUCUUCUUCAUCAUUCAGAGUCUUAUCUCCACCCUUUGGUGUACGCUUUUGACUCGGUGGGAUUUGCCCAACAUCUACCUUGUUCCAACAACGACGCAAGGCAAGCAAAGGAGAUGGGCCACGCCGACAUUGGUGGUUUUUGCGGCUUGCUUUGUGGUCGGAACCAAGAUGGCGAAACCCGACACGCAUGGCUACUACUUUGGCAUGAUCUCAUGGUGGGCAUCCCUGCCAUUGGCCUUGCUGCUGUGGGGCUCGAUCGACUUCAUCCGCAACAUGGGUCUUCGCACCGGGCUAGUGCCGUUUGCGCUCUCAGUGAUGGCUCCCACAGUGUACCUCUGGUGUUCCGACGUCUACGCACUGCGCAGGGGGACAUGGCACAUCAAUGAAACGACCUCGCUCAACAUCUUGCCCAUCCCAGACUUGCCAGUGGAGGAAAUGCUUUUCUUCUUCGUCACCAACCUCAUCCUCGUCAGCGCCUGUUUCACGUUCGAUCGCUGCGUUGCCAUCUGUCGACAGACCGGAUCUGCCGACCUCCCACCUCUUUCGCCCAGCUACCUCCCUCUCAACUCCCUCAGCACCUACAUCAAGCUCUGGUCCGCGUUCCUUCGAUCGGAUCGAGAACCUUUUCUCGCAAGUGCGGCGUCAGCAAGCGUCGAGCCAAGCGAUCUCGUAGCCUCAUUGAACGUGCUACGAGCUGCAUCAAAGUCUUUCAACGCUGCGAGCUUGUUGUUGCCCUGGGAUCUGCGGACGGAUUUGGGCUGUCUGUACGCCUUUUGCCGCGUCGCGGAUGACUUGGUCGAUGACGAGGCCGAGAGCGUCGAAGCCAGGACAGCCCACUUGGAGGUGAUCCGAAGUAUUGUCGAUGCGAUCUAUACCAGCAUCGCUGAAGUUGAUAAGGUGCCGUCAGAGGCAACGCCUACCAGCAGCCGGAUCAGAGACCUUCUCUCACCGAUCAAGCUUGCAGAAACAACAAAAGAGGAUAUCCGCACAGCAGCAGCAUCAAUAGCACCCCUUUCGCGGUACAUCCCGAAAAGGCUCUGGUUUGAGAUGUUGGAGGGCUACAGCACCGAUUUGCGGUUUGAACAUCCAGAAGAGGCCCAAAGGACAAGGCUGAGGACGAUGGAGGAUCUGGUCGAGUACUCGCAGUGCGUUGCUGGUGUGGUGGGCGAGAUGUGCACAAGAGUCAUAUUGGGUAGGUGUGGUUUGACAGUGCCGCUUGACUUGCAAGUCGAUAGGAGUAUCAAGAUGCAAUCCACACCAGCGACCGCGGACAAGUCAGCAGCAGAGAGAAAGCUAGACCUCACCCGAACAGCAGACUUAGACAUAUUGUUGUAUGAAGCAAGACGAAUGGGUGUUAGCUUACAACUGGUCAACAUUGCACGUGAUAUCGUACCUGACGCUGUCGACCUGCGACGCUGCUAUUUACCAGCUGACCUGUUUGCCAAGGUUGAUGCAGGCAUGCAAGAUGCGUUGCUACAAGGCCGACUCGAUGUACCUGCCGAACCCUCUGCGAAGCGCUCAGCAGUAGCAGCAGCAACGACAGCCUCUGCGGCAGGAGGCAAACUGAUCAAACCCAAAGAAGUACGCAAAUACGCUUUGCGACUGCUCACCAUCUCGAAAGGGCUGUACGAUCAAUCCUACCCAGCAUUAGGGCAGAUUCCCAACAAACCGGCAAGAGCAGGACUGAAAGCAGCUUGCUCGGUAUACGCUGCUAUUGGGACACGAAUCGAAGCACAGACAGAGAAGGAGAUCGCUACCGGUAGAAGGGCGAGGAUGUCUAACUUUGAUCGGAUCAUGAAGGCUAUCUCGGCUGUCUACUUUGGUGUUUGA